AUGGCAGCGCGAGGAUCUUCGUUGCGCGACAAGCAGGUCGCGUCGCUGAAGAAGAUCCUGAACCUGAACGAAGACGUCGAAGCCGGUGAUAACGACGACUCACAGGCCAAUGGCCUCGCAACUUCGCCAAUCGCCUGGAAGGUGCUUGUCUUCGACGAUCUCGGACAAGAUGUCAUCAGCUCCGUUUUGAGGGUCAGCGAUCUCCGCAGCCUGGGGGUUACGAUACAUCUGAAAAUCACAGCUCAGCGCGCACCAAUACCCGACGUGCCAGUCGUCUACUUGCUGGAGCCGAAUGCACAGAACCUCCAAAGAAUCACCGAUGACCUUCAGAAAGGACUAUACACCCCCGCAUACAUAAAUUUCCUGUCCUCGAUCCCUCGGCCACUGCUCGAAGAUUUUGCGACAAUGACCGCCACGGCAGAGACGUCUGAGCAGAUUGCGCACGUCUAUGACCAAUACCUGAACUUCAUCGUUGCUGAGCCAGAUCUAUUCUCCUUGGGCAUGGAGAAGGACCACGUGUAUUGGGCAUUGAACAGCGCAAAAACCAAAGACGAAGAGCUUGACCACGUCGUUGACAAGAUCGUCAGUGGGCUGUUCUCUGUCAUUGUCACCAUGGGGGUCAUACCAAUCAUACGCGCCAGUCGUGGUGCGGCUGCCGAGAUGAUAGCACAGAAGCUUGACCGGAAACUUCGAGAUCACAUCCUGAACUCUGGCUCCAAGGACGGUCUUUUCUCAAACCGACCAAGUUCAUCGGCUGGAACCCCAACAUCUCGGCCUGUCCUCGUCCUCCUGGACCGAAACGUUGAUCUCACACCGAUGCUUUCACAUGGCUGGACAUACCAACAUCUGGUACAUGACGUUCUCAAUAUGAAGCUGAAUCGCAUCACGAUUGAGACGCCUGUCGACGAGUCUAAGCCCGAGAAGGGUGUUACGAAGAAAGCGUAUGACCUGACGGCCAACGAUUUCUUUUGGUCCAAGAACUCGGGUCUGCCUUUUCAGGAAGUGGCAGAAGACAUCGAUGCUGAAUUAAAUCGUUACAAAGAGGAGUCAGCCGCUAUCACGAAAAAGACCGGCAUAUCAGACCUCGAAAAUCUGGAGAUGGACACAAGUGCCAGUGCGCAACAUUUGAAGGCUGCGCUCACAGUACUUCCGGAGCUCAGGGAGCGGAAAGCAGUCUUGGACAUGCACAUGAACAUCCUGGCAGCCAUCUUGAGCGCAAUUCAAAAACGAGCUUUGAAUGAAUACUACUCAAUAGAGUCGAAUGUGAUGAAACAAACAAAAGCGCAGGUACUGGACCUGAUCAAGGACAAGGAAAAGGGAGACACAGCGUUGGAUAAACUGCGUCUCUUCGUCGUCUGGUUCCUCAGCACAGAAACAGAUAUCGGCAGAGCAGAGUGGCAGCAGUUUGAGGAAGCUCUUACAACGGCGGGGGUCGACGGGACCUGUCUGCCGUAUAUAAGACAAGUCCGUGCUACGACGAAGAUGACACAACUCACAACCAUGGAUUCCUCGACAGCCCAACAGCAGCCAUCUGCAUCCUCAGAUCUCUUUAACCGCUUCUCAAAUAUAUCCUCGAGGCUCACAGACCGUCUCAAGGAGACUGGCGUUCCAACAGGCGCUCUUUCAGCCAACUUCGACUCUAUCGUCGGCGGACUCAAGAAUUUCCUUCCCGCCAACCAAGAUCUUACCAUCACCAAAAUCGUCGAGUCCAUCAUGGACCCGUCGAGUGCCGCCUCAUCGGCCAUCGCUAAGACAGAGAACUAUCUGUAUUUCGAUCCGCGAAGUGACCGCGCAAGGGGCACUUUGCCGCCGCCUUCAACGUUGCGUGCCGGAGGUGCUGCACCAGGUGCGAUGCCGGGCAGCACAAACCUCGGACCAGGAUCAGGGGCAUCUUUCGGGCAGAGGAGACAAGGAUUCUCGGAGGCGGUUGUAUUCACAGUGGGCGGUGGAAGUAUGGAUGAGUAUGGCAACUUGCAAGAAUGGAUAAAGCGCACGGCAGGCAGUGGAGACCGAACGAAGCGAAGAAUCGUCUAUGGCAGCACGGAGCUCGUCAAUGCUGCCGACUUCAUCAAGGAGGAGUUGGAGAGGCUAGGCCGCGAGGUACAGUAG